AAAUCAAUGAUCAGCGAACGAAGUUGACAAAAUGUUGUCUAAAGCUUUACCAGUUCUGGUGACUCUGUUUGCUGUCGCACUGGCCCAGGAAACUUCACCGCCCAUCGAUACUUCCGGAUGUAUUGUGGCAAAAUGCGUUACUUUGCAACAAAUAAAUACCCUCUGGUGUCACACGGAGCCCGAGUUCUACUGUCAGUGUGUUCCGGUUGACCGGUACGAAUGGUCCGUGAUGGUACGGCCUUGCGCCCCCCAAACCGAGUUCAAUUUCCGUUUUCAAAAAUGCGGCCACCAAGGAGGCCAUGACCGUGACGCCUGUUGGGAUGAUGGCGGAAGUGGAAGCGGAAGUGGAAGUGGAGACGACUGGUCGGAUCUGUCGGAGACUCCGAUGGGAAUCGAUUUUUCGGACCUUAAGGAUGACGAUCAGCUGCUGGAGGACGAUGCGAUGGAGUUUCUGAUAGCAAGACGACGUUCGUGAUGGCCACUGAGUUGAUUCGUAGACGAUCCGAAAAGCCGGUUCAGUAAUCGAGAUACCGGUACAUCGGUGAUGAGGAUGAUCAGCGUGAAAUAAAUAACGGAUAAAGUUGUACAUAUUUUCCAUUCAAAACAUAACCCGGAAAAACCGUCGAAAUGAAUCAAUUAUUCUCACGUUUCCAAGUAGUAUUCGGUUCAACUUUGUAGACUAUGUCCAUU